UUUCUCAUUUUCAGUCAAGAGGAUCUACUAGAGAUGGUACAGGAGUUCAUGAUAGCAUCGUCAAUCAGCUGCUUACAAAGAUAGAUGGCGUGGAGUCUCUAAAUAAUGUUUUGCUUAUUGGAAUGACCAACAGAAAAGAUUUGCUUGAUGAAGCCCUUUUAAGACCGGGACGCUUGGAGGUUCAAGUUGAGAUUAGCCUUCCAGAUGAAAAUGGCCGCUUGCAGAUUCUUCAAAUUCAUACAAACAAGAUGAAAGAGAAUUCUUUUCUUGCUCCUGAUGUUAACCUUCAAGAACUUGCUGCUCGUACAAAAAACUAUAGUGGAGCGGAACUUGAAGGUGUUGUGAAAAGUGCAGUAUCAUUUGCUUUGAAUAGACAGCUAAGUAUGGAUGAUCUUACAAAACCAGUGGAUGAAGAGAGCAUUAAGGUAGAGGGGCUGAUGUGCCACAACAAUGGACGUAGAGGGGCUAAAUUGCACCUUCUGCCAUUGUCCAGCCAGAUGAGGAAUAUCUGGGACCCAGGAAAGAUCUUUCGACAUGGAAUGGUGAUCCCACCACCAACCCAACCUCAUGGAUUUAGACUGCUUACAAAAGGCUAUCAUUAUGCCACUGAUGGGCUCCUGAUACGUCUGCAAUUGAGAAAGCGGUCCGGACACGUGGAGUACUACCGCCAAGACACGAUCAUCUGGCUUCGAAGUCUGCAAACGGUUCUCUCUCCCCAACCCAUUUUAGUUUAGUUAAACCUUGAAGAUGGUGAGAACUUGGAUAAACUAAACCUCUACGCUAACUGAUAUAAUGAGGAAAGCAGCAAGCAAACAAUUUUCAUCCUAUGUAGUCCCAAAAGCCAACCAGCCUAACAAAUGCUCAUGUUCAUAAACCAAUACCAACCCUUAAUGAAGCCUUCUUAGUUCU